AUGCACGGCCAGCCCCAGCCCCAGCCCUGCCCGCAGCCCCCGGCGCGGCUGCCCGCGGCCGGCCGGCCCAAGGCAGGCAGGAGGCGCUACAAGACCUUCAUGAUCGACGAGAUCCUCUCCAAGGAGACCUGCGACUACUUCGAGAAACUUUCCCUGUACUCCGUCUGCCCGUCGCUCCUGGUCCGGCCCAAGCCGCUGCACUCCUGCGCCGGCUCCCCUUCUCUCCGGGCCUACCCCCUCCUCUCCGUCAUCACCCGGCAGCCGCCCGCGCUGCCCGCGCUGCUCCCGGCCGCCGGCAGCUCCCGCCUGCUGCCAGCCCAGCCCUGCGGGGCCGCCGUGGGCACGGAGGUUUCCCCCAGCGAGGCCCAGGGCAGCAGUGAGUCGGAGGCAGAGCAGCCCCCACCCCGCUCAAAGAAGCCGCGCCGAAGUCGGACCAUCUUCACCGAGAUCCAGCUCAUGGGCCUGGAGAAGAAAUUCCAGAAGCAGAAGUACCUCUCCACCCCCGACAGGCUCGACUUAGCCCAAUCUUUGGGGCUGACUCAGCUCCAGGUGAAGACGUGGUACCAGAACCGUAGGAUGAAGUGGAAGAAAAUGGUGUUGAAGGGUGGACAGGAAGCUCCAACGAAGCCCAAAGGCCGUCCAAAGAAAAACUCCAUUCCCACCUCGGAGGAGAUUGAAGCAGAGGAGAAAAUGAACAGCCAGGCUCAGAGUCAGCUGCAGGAGGGAUCUCAAGCCUCUGAGGAGCCAAAACUAACAGAGGAAAACCCAGAAGUCCUGUUGGAGACAGAGAAGUCUCCAGAACAUAUACCAGAGCCUUCCUCAGAGGAGACUACACCCUUAAGUUAAAAGGGAGAGA